AUCAUCUGACCAGUGGAGGACGAACUGCAUCAAUUUAAACGGCACUCUGAACGAUCGAAAAGAACAAGAUAAGGGACAGAAUCUGUUAGUGUGUGUGUAUGUGUGUGUGUGUGUGUGUCUGUGAAAGGUAUGCAGCAACCACUCACCGCCGGCGCCAAAGUGUCCGAAGUCACCUCCGUUCUGCUUCUCCUGCUGCUGCUGCUGCUGCUGUUCACGGCCCUGCACCGAAUCAACCCGUCACAGAUACCCGGUCCGUGCUUCUUGGCAGGACUCGGUCCUAUCCUCUCCUACGGCAGGUUCAUCUGGACGGGGAUAGGAACAGCCAGCAACUACUACAACAACAAAUAUGGCAGCAUUGCCCGCGUUUGGAUUAAUGGCGAGGAGACACUCAUUCUGAGCAGAUCUUCAGCGGUAUACCACGUCCUGAGGAGCACCCACUACACAGCCAGAUUCGGGAGCAAAAAAGGGCUGGAGUGCAUUGGGAUGGAAGGGAGGGGGAUCAUCUUCAACAACGAUGUCCUACUCUGGAGAAAAGUGAGGACGUAUUUUGCUAAAGCUCUGACAGGUCCGGGCCUCCAGAGUACAGUGCAAAUCUGCGUGAGCUCCACAUCCAAACAUCUGGACAACUUGCAGAAGAUGACCGACCCCUCGAGGCACGUGGACGCUCUCGAUCUGCUGAGAGUCGUCGUAGUGGACAUCUCCAACAGACUCUUCCUCCGGGUGCCGCUCGACGAAAAGGACUUGCUGAUGAAAAUCCACAACUACUUUGAGACCUGGCAAACAGUUCUUAUAAAGCCCAAUAUAUUCUUCAAGAUCGGAUGGCUGUACAACAAGCACAAGAAAGCGGCGCAGGAGCUGCAGGACGUGAUGGAGAGCCUCCUGGAGACGAAGAGAAAGAUCAUAAACGAGUCUGAGAAGUUAGAUGACGAUCGCGACUUUGCCACGGAGCUCAUCCUCGCUCAGAGCGUCGGCGAGCUGUCAGCGGAUAACGUCCGGCAGUGCGUGCUGGAGAUGGUGAUUGCAGCGCCUGACACGCUCUCCAUCAGCCUCUUCUUCAUGCUAAUGCUGCUGAAACAGAACCCGGACGUGGAGCUGAAGAUAGUGGAGGAGAUGAACAGCGUUUUGGGUGAAAAAGGUGAAAGCGUUGAUUAUCAAAGCUUGAAAGUGCUGGAGAGUUUCAUCAAUGAGUCCUUGAGGUUUCAUCCGGUGGUUGAUUUCACAAUGCGAAAGGCUCUGAAAGAUGACAACAUCGAAGGCAUGGAAAUCAAAAAAGGAACCAACAUCAUCCUCAACAUUGGUCUUAUGCAUAAGAGCGAAUUCUUCCAAAAACCCAAAGAGUUCAACGUGAUGAACUUUGACAAAACUGUGCCCAGUCGUUUCUUCCAGCCCUUCGGGUGUGGGCCCCGCUCCUGCGUGGGCAAACACAUCGCCAUGGUGAUGAUGAAGGCCAUCCUGGUCACCCUCUUGUCUCGUUACACUGUGUGUCCUCACAGUGGCUGCACCCUCAACAGCAUCCGGCAGACCAACAACUUGUCACAGCAGCCCGUGGAGGACGAGCACAGCCUGGCCAUGCGCUUCAUCCCCCGGAUCCCAUCAGGACCAGGCAGUCCGCACUGAGACACGUGCAGGGGUCACAUUGCUAAUCCGGGUUUUCAUGCGGAACUGACUCGUAAAAACCGAACACGGUCCCCUCGUCUUGGGGUUUUAAAUGGAUCGUUUGUAAGAUGCCUGAAAUCUGGUCCCACAUGGAAUGAAGGAGUUUUCAUAUUUGAACUACAGCAGAAAAGACUUCAGUAAAUCCCUUUCUUGGAUUUUUAAGGAUUUUACGUGAACUAAAAAAGGUGGUUGCUAAGUGUCACAAAGAGAUAACAAAACAUCGUCACGCUGUAAGAUCAGUUAUUUGACUGUUAUUUGACUGUUCGUUUGUAGAAUAUUAGAAUUUUACUUCUGCUGAUUCUAUGAAUGCUCAAAAAAUAUUUGUGUAGAUAAUCUAGCUGAACUAAAAGUGUAGCAUAACAUGUUGAGACAGAUCUUAUUUUCUGCAAUAAUCUCAAAUCCAUUGGAAAACAUCAUUGGCUUUUUGUAGGGAGAAUCACUCGGAACCCUUUCUUACUAAAUGUUUUCCCUUUGAUUUAAGCAAUACAACUGAAGGUUAUCACAUUUUUUUUAUGAAAUGCAUUUCCAAAUGUGGAGCCAACUUGGUUUUGUUUGCACCUGGACGGAGUCAAACAGCCCGUUUUUUGUUAUUGUUGAUCCUAGUUUUGUCUUGUCGAUGAUGACCGCGGUAGCAGCAUUACAGUGGUUGAUGAAUCCAGAUGAAACUAAUUAACCCUCUGUAUCCUACUGUUAUUUCAUGUUUACAUCUGUAUAGAAAAUGUUGAAAAUAGAUACAUAACAAAGGCUGCGAAUCAAAUGAUGUGUUUGUUGUUUGUAGUUAGUAAACAAUAGUCAUUCAAUAAACAUUUGAAAAUUC